AUGGGGUACAAGAAGGGUAUACAGGAUAUGCAGGAUUAUGCAGAGAAAGAGAAGGCUGCAGCAAAGGCUCUGGAGGAUGUGAAGGCUAACUUCUAUUGUGAAUUAUGUGAUAAACAGUAUCUUAAACACCAGGAAUUUGACAACCACAUCAAUUCGUAUGACCAUGCUCACAAGCAGAGGUUGAAAGAUUUAAAGCAAAGGGAAUUUGCCAGAAAUGUGGCAUCGAAGUCGUGGAAAGAUGAGAAAAAACAGGAAAAAGCACUCAAGCGACUCCAUCAGCUUGCUGAGUUACGGAAGCAGUCAGAAUGCAUCACAGGAAGUAGACCAGUGCUUAAAACUCCCAGACUGAUUGUGGAAAAGCAGCAACUGCAAGAAGGAAUUUUCCUAGAUAAAGAUGACAAAAUCUCAGUAAGGCCCAUGUGUGAAGGACAAAUUCUCCCUUUAAGCACUGCAGAGAAAGAACAACAGGAGCUAACAGCAAGCAAACACCAAGCACGUACUGAGAAAGUUUAUUCACUUGGAAAUCAGGUCUUGCAAGUGUUCCCAGAUGGCACCAAUGCUAGUCACAGGACAGGAGUUUCUUUCUCUUUCUCUAAAAAAGUCCCUUUGAAGUUAGAGUCGUCAGCAUCGGUUUUCAGUGAAAACAAUGAAGAAGCAUAUGAUUGCAGUGAAUCACCCAACCAUAAAACAAAGCAAUCUCCUGAGAGCUGUCAUUCUUGCACACUUGUGGCUGAGGAUACAAAAGCAGGUGUGGAGAAAGGGUUAAAUAUUCCACAAGGUCACUCAGAUAUUGCAGGUAAUAUAGCUGCACAGACAAAAAUACUAAAGGAAAAUGAUCAAAGCAGUGACAAAGAAUUAGAAGAAACAUUCAAUGCUCAUCCUUUAUUUCCCAAAACCAAAAUACAUAUUUCAAGUCUGGAUUUUACUGGAACCCCAAGAGAAACAGCACAAGAAAGUCAGCUGAAUGAGUCUGACAAACCCCUGGAAACUCUCAUUUCACCUUUAUGCCAAACAAGCAAGCUUUGUACACAGAAGAACACUUAUAAGCACAGUGGUACCACGUUAGCUAAUAAUCUAGCUGAGUUCCCACCACAGCAAACAGCUGAGUAUGCAUGUGCAAGUGAAUUACAUUGCAAUCUUAGUACAGUCGAAAGUGAGAGAUCCUUUGAGAGUUCAGGAACCACAAAUGGGAACAUGGAAAUGCUUGCAAGGGAGAAAGCAGUUCAAGAUAUUAAGCCUAAAGCACUGUCAUUUCUUCAUGUGAUAAGCAAAGAUGGCAGCACUGCCCUUCAGUGGCCCACAGAACUACUCUUGUUUACAAAAACGGAGCCCUGUAUUUCCUAUGGCUGUAAUCCAUUGUAUUUUGACUUCAGACUCUCUUUAAAUCACAGAGAUGGUAAGCAACCCACAACAAACAAAGCAAGCUGUAACAAGCACUCUACAAAUGUGAGUGCAGAUGAAAAUGAAGCCUCAGGUUUAAUAAAAGACAAGCAACUGUCAAAUGAACAAGAUAAUCAGUCAUUGAAACCAAAGAAGAUGAAAGAUUCUCCGAGCCCUCGAAAGGCUGAGCAAAAAGCUGAUUCAGACAGAGGAAAAGAAAUGAAUGGAAAUGGUCAAAAGUAUGUUUCAGAUGAUUUGAAUGAAAAUAUACCCAAAGUGCCUGCUUACCUUGAUGUCUCACAAAAGGAUUAUCUGAGAGAAAAAAUUCUGGAUGCAACAUCACCUGGGAGAUCUUUAAAGCCCCAUUUCCAUAUCUGUGAAAGAAAAAAACACAGCAUUGGAAAUGAAAGAAUUUCCUUUUCUGCCUUUAUGUCUAGGACUAAAAAACAUAAAGCUACCAAAUGUGAUUUAAUUUAUUCUGAAGAAAAACUUGAAAACCAAAACAAUUACAAAUCCAUUGAAAACUUACCUGGAGGCAGCAGUGACAUAAGUGACAAUGGAAGAGACUGUACUGGAAGUUUCCUUUGUUCUAAAGCAAGUUCUCAUAUCAGGUAUUCAGAAAAUGAAGAUGAUGGAAGUUAUGCAGGAUGUUGGCGAUUCUCACCUUCGCAGAAGUCAUCUUCUGAUGGACAUUCUAGCUAUUCUGACAGCUCCAUCAGCAGUACAAUUAGCUACCUAAGCAGCUCCUCUAGUCACAGAUCAAACAAUCACAGUAGAAGUCAUUUGCUCUUUUGUUGUAAAAGAAAAAAUAAGACGGUUGAAAGGCACAAGUGUAAACACAGAAAGCACAACUGUAUUUCCUCUUCUGAUGAUGCAGAGGAGGAUUACUCCUUUCACACUACAAGUCUAAGAACUAGAAACUGCACACAGAGGGAUACAGUUAAAUAUCAAAAACAUUCAAGACCUAAAGGUUUUCACCAUCCAGACAGAUCAAAGCAAAGCAGAAACAGACACCGAUAUUCUGGCAGAAAACACACCCAGAGUAGAAGCUACCAUUGCUCCAAAAGUUUUUUCACCAGGGAUUCAAGAAGCAGUGAAAGAUCAUCCAGUGGCAGAAAAUCAAGAAGCAGCAGUUCAGGAUCAUUCUCAAGAGAGGCUGUCUAUCUGAACAAAAGCAAAGCAGAUAGAGAGAGAGAGCACUACACUGCAUCAGGAAAAGUUGAAUCUACAUGUUCUGACUCUCAGAAUGCAAGAUGCCCAUCAAAAAUCUUUGAUGUUGGCUCUGCUGACAUAGUAGGAGAAAGAAAGUCAUUGACAGCCAGGCUAUUUCUAGAACAAGUGCACUCCAAGAAAAACCAGGAACAAGCACAUGAUUCAGAGGGAUUUCCAAACAAUUGUAGGACCGAACUGAAGGACCACUCACAAAGUCACUUUUCUAUUAAAUUUCCAUCAUCCAUAGAUGAUGCAGAAAUGUUAUCUUUGCCUGAAGAAGCCCUACCUAUAGGUAAAAAAGAAGCACGGAAAACUGAAAUUUGUUCAUUGGAAAACACCUCAGAGAAAGAUAAUUUUGAAACUUCGCAGAUAAAUAAUGUUACUCUUACGUCAGGUAGUGAUUAUGAUAAUUGUCUUUUUAAAGACAUCAUUCAAAUAGGGAUAGGCCAUCAGGCUCCAAACUUAAAAAUGAACACAGCAAUAAAGGAUCAAUCAAAUAUUUUAAUUAGUGAAGUACAACCCUUUAUACAAAGCUGUGACCCAGUACCAAAUGAUUUCCCUGGUGCUUUUCCUUCUAACAGAUAUUCUCUUGUGGCUAAUUCAAUAGAGACCAAAGAAGAACCGCAUGAUGUAAGCAUGAACUUGAAUCGAGUAGAAAGUAAUUUAAAUUCUUAUUUUGACAGUGCUAUGCAUAAAUAUGAUGAAUCAAAAAAUGAUUUAGAAGUGUAUAGUAAAUCCAUCUCUCCUCCUCCUCUAACUCAGAAGCCUAUAACUUUUUCCCCAGAUGAAAUAGACAAGUACAGGUUACUUCAGCUGCAAGCCCAGCAGCAUAUGCAGAAACAAAUCCUAGCAAAGCAUCUUAAAGUUUUGCCUGCCACAGGACCAGCUGCCUUCUCUGCUACACCAGCAGUUCAAUCUGUUCCUGUCCAGCAACAUGCUUCUCUCACUACCAUACAUCAUACACUUCUGCAACGCUUUGCUGUCUCAACUUCCGUACAUCCCCACAGCAGCCAUCUUUCUCUGGCCCACAUUCAUCCCCUCUCUCAAUCGCAUUUCACUCCCAUAUCUCUUUCACCUUUAGCUCCAGCCAUCAUUCCCACCCACCCUACCCUACUAACAGGGCACCCUCUACAGUUCAUCUCCACCACACCCAUUCACCCUUCUCCCAUGACCCUCCCAUCAUUGCCACACACUGCAUUUAUCCCUACCUUAUUGACUCCCCACCUGAAUGCAGCUGCAGCUUCUGCAAUUCAUCUGAAUCCAUUCAUUCAUCCAUUGUUUCAAGGGCAAGAUUUUCACCACCAUUCUUGCUCUAGCCAGACCCAACAGUUACCUGCAAUGAAAGAAGUUUUCAGCAUUUCUGGUUAUCUAAACUAG